AUGGAUCCUCGUCUCUGGCACAAAAUUGCUGCCAUCUCCGGUAUGGCAGCGCUUGGGUUGGGAACCUACGGUUUUCAUGCCUUCAAGCCCAAAAAUCCUGCUUACAAAGAGGUUUGGUAUACAGCAUCCCUAUACCAUUUGGUUCAUACAGCAGCCCUUCUGGCUGCUCCUACGACCACUCGCCCUAACAUUUUUGGGGCACUUUUGACGACUGGAAUUCUGGCUUUCUCUGGGACGUGUUAUGCCGUUGCCUACCUUGAAGACAGAAAGUAUGCUACCUUGGCUCCUUUUGGUGGAUUCGCAUUCAUUGGUGCCUGGGCAAGCUUGCUGUUUUAG